UCCAUUCAACUAAUCAUUUCCAGCACAUUUUGGUAUCCUCCGAUUUUGCAGCAUUUUAGAAUUUUAGUUGUUUAUUGGCUAAUUUUCUCCGGGGUAUUCUCGGGUUCUCUUGCAUUUAUAAAAAAAAGUUAAAGAAUGGCAAACAUUUGUGUUAAACUUAAUUCAUCAAUUGCACCAGCUAGCAGAAUUUUGGGCAAUGCUGUUAGCAUUACAUCCCAAAGGAAUAGCUCAUGGUGGUCUGAUGUCAAAAUGGGUCCUCCCGAUGCAAUUUUGGGUGUGACUGAAGCAUUUAAACGUGAUCAAAACCCCAAGAAGAUUAACGUCGGUGUAGGUGCCUAUCGUGACGAUAAUGGUAAACCAUUUGUCUUGCCGAGUGUCCGUACCGCAGAAGAACGUAUUUUAGCCAAACACGCCGAUCAUGAAUAUGCUCCAAUUGUUGGUGUGCCACAAUUCUGGGCAAGCGCCAUUGAACUUGCUCUUGGAGCUGAUUCACAACGAUUGAAGGCAAAGCAUAAUGCCACAGUUCAGGCAAUCAGUGGAACUGGUGCCCUUCGUAUUGGUGCAGCUUUCUUGAGCAAAUUCUGGAAAGGAAACCGUGAAGUUUAUCUACCCGCUCCAACAUGGGGAAACCAUAUCCCAAUUUUCGAACAUUGUGGACUUAAGGUUAACAAAUAUCGCUACUACGACCCAAAAACCUGUGGACUUGAUUUCAAGGGCUGCUUGGAGGAUAUAAUGAAAAUUCCAGAAAACUCAAUCAUUCUUCUGCACGCAUGUGCCCACAAUCCAACUGGAGUUGAUGCCACACCCGAACAAUGGUUGGAACUUUGCAAUGUUAUCAAGAAGAAGAAGUUGUACCCUUACCUUGAUAUGGCAUAUCAAGGUUUUGCCAGCGGUGAUGUCGACAAAGAUGCCACUGCCGUGCGACUAUUCGAAAAAGAAGGUCUAGACUUUUGUUUGGCCCAAAGUUUUGCCAAGAACAUGGGUCUCUAUGGACAACGUGCUGGUGCCUUCUCAAUGAUCUGUUCAUCUGCCGAAGAAGCCGAUCGUGUUCUCUCCCAAAUCAAAAUUCUCAUCCGUCCAAUGUACUCGAAUCCACCUCUACAUGGUGCCCGUAUUGCAGCCGAAAUUCUCAACGAUCCAGAACUGAAAGCUGUGUGGUUGAAGGAUGUCAAGGGUAUGGCUGAUCGUAUCAUCGAUGUCCGAGCCAAGCUAAAGAAUAAUCUUAUUAAGUUGGGAUCAUCUCGCCCAUGGGAUCACAUUACCAACCAAAUCGGUAUGUUCUGCUACUCUGGAUUGACACCCGAACAAUCUGAACGUUUGACAAAAGACUUUAGCGUUUAUUUGACCAAGGAUGGUCGCAUUUCAAUGGCUGGUGUAACUAGCAAAAAUGUUGAGUACUUGGCUCAUGGUAUGCAUGAGGUUACCAAGUAAAGAGAAGAGAUGGAGUUUUAUUUUAAAAAUCAAAAAUCUAUAAUAGCGAAUUAGGAAAAUGUGAAAAGUUUUCAAAACAAUUUUAAGAGUGUCAAGUAAUGCAAUUACUAACUUUAUAAUAAUACUAUCGAACGUCUCUAAUCAUUUAGGUAAUGUAUCACAAAGAUCUUCUUUUUAGUGCAUUUAUUUAAGUAAAAAUCAAAAUAUUUUUCCAAAACUAGAAAAUAA